AUGCAUCCCAGUGAUAAGGAUUGCUCAGUAGAUGUGUCUGUGGUUGAAGCUGACACGAUUCUACGAUUAGGCACUGAUGUGGAAGAUGAAAACUCCAGAGCUGACGUCGCUAACAUAGAAAAAGACGCAGUUUCCAUAGUAGAACCUUCUACGAGUUUUUCUCCUGGUCUGGAUAGAGAAGAGGUGAGUACAGUUUUUAUCUUUUUGAUACUACAAUGUCCU